AAAAACGCAUACCCCUCAAUCCUAGGUGCCGCAUAUUUAUAACCCAUAGGGUGGCACUACCUAAAUUACAAAUUUGCCAUUACGUAAAUCAAAUUAACGUAAUCGGCGCGUAUCACGCAAUAUCAUCCUCCACGGCAAACAAUCUCGAUGUCCGCGAUCCUUCCAUCUAGCACCAUGGCGUCCCGUGAUCUCGCCGCACGAUGAUCCGGAAUCUUCUCGCGAUCGACAAUUGUCCCCAUCUUCGGCCACGUCCGCCGCAACGAACGUCCGGGAUCUUGGUUUUGUGGCUUAACCAAGAAACCGUCCACCAACGUUCUCUCGCUGUGUCGUCAGGUACAGUAGACAUACACCGCACGAUCUCAAAUCCCUCGAACGCAAGUCUUGAUCCACCCUUCACCGCUCUCAGUCCAUCGGCGUGGCAUCAUAUCUUCAUUCUUCACACGUCGCCGCAUGUUCAGUCUCCACCUAUCACCUGCAACGACACCAACCAAGAGAAACGUCACACGCACACUGUGUUGUUCAAUCACUCAUCACAAGGUCCUAGCCCCACGGGCAUCUCAGUGCUCUAAUGAUACUUUCAAAAAACCUCUCACCACAUGACAACAAUUCAGUAACAAUAAAUGAGACAAACAGGAAAGAUGAUAUGAUCGUAGAACAAGAAGUUGCUGCAGCUGAAGACUCUAUUGAUAAGGAUAAUGCUGUUACAUCUACCAAACUAUCCGUUGAUGCGCAGAAAGCAGAGGAUAUGCGGCAUCUGUUUGCAAGUGCAGAGACUGCCAUGGAGGCAUGGGCUAUGCUUGCCACCUCACUGGGACGUAAUAGUUUCAUCAAAUCAGAUUUUGAAAAGAUAUGUUUUCUUGACAACGUUUCGACAGAUACACAAGUUGCCAUUUGGCGUGAUCCUUCACGAAGAAGGCUGGUUGUUGCCUUCCGAGGAACUGAACAAUCAAGGUGGAAGGAUUUGAGAACUGACUUAAUGCUGGUACCUGCUGGACUAAACCCUGAGAGGCUUGGUGGUGAUUUUAAACAAGAAAUUCAAGUUCACAGUGGAUUCUUAGGAGCAUAUGACUCUGUUAGGAAUAGGAUCAUGGCUCUUAUCAGAUAUGCCGUAGGAUACCAGGAUGAAGAAGAUGCAGAAAAUAUAUCUAGGUGGCAUGUAUAUGUAACUGGACACAGUUUAGGUGGAGCACUAGCAACCCUUCUUGCUCUUGAGCUUUCAUCAAGUCAAAUGGCCAAGAAUGGUGUCAUAUUUGUGACAAUGUACAACUUCGGCUCCCCUAGAGUGGGAAAUAGAAGAUUUGCAGAAGUCUACAAUGCGAAAGUAAAGGACAGCUGGAGAAUUGUCAAUCACCGAGAUAUCAUUCCGACAGUACCACGUCUUAUGGGCUAUUGCCAUGUGGAGGCACCAGUUUAUCUCAAAUUUGGGGAUUCGAAAGAUGCACUGGUAAACAAUGGAAUAUUAGAUGAUGAAGACCAAGGUGAUGUGAUAGGGGAGUACACACCGGAUGUUAUUGUUACUGAAUUUAUGAAAGGAGAGAAGCAACUUGUGGAGAAACUACUGCAAACAGAAAUAAAUCUUCUCCGCUCAAUCAGGGAUGGUUCGGCCCUUAUGCAGCACAUGGAAGACUUUUACUACGUCACACUUCUCGAGAAUGUGAGAUCGAGGUAUCAAGUGGCUGGCAGUGCAAAUGAUGAAUCCCGCCAAUUGACAGCAUGAUCCUAGUAAAAUCGGACAGUUCAACAUCCUGGAUCUUGUUUGCUCGCAACGACUAGAGUUCUGAAGGAGGACAUUGCAUCGUUUGAGCUACGGAGGUGCCAUGGCGUGUCCGAUCCUCGCUCUUCUCCAUCCAAACAUGCACAUCAUAUGACUGCCGUGCCAUUUAAGCAUUUCAAUGCACAGUUUAUAUGCGGAUUCCGUGUUCUGUGAAAAAGGUGUGAGCCGGUUCACUGGUGGAUGCCGGUAGCAGGUAGCGCUGUGGCUACUAGUAGAGAUGCUUGGGCGAGCUAUUUUUAGAUGAUGUAACUAGUGCACAUUCUGGUGCUGUUUGGUUCAGUGCUUACAGCGGUAACGUUAACGUAAUUAGAAAGCAGUGCUAUAGGUUACAGUUUAAGGGAAUAUCGAUGUUUGUUUGGUUCAUCGCAUGUGUAUGUAACGCGAUCGAAUAUCACCGGAAAGAUUUUGAUCUUCGCCGGCGGCCCUGCUAGCUAGAAAGAAA